AUGUCCGAUGUGGCCGAAGAGGCUGCGACAGACGAUGAACCAUUGGAAAACAAUGUCAACAAAGAAGGAGAGAAAACCUCGGAAGAUUCUAUCCCAACUACCGUUGCGGAAGAAACAACAAGAAACAACAAAGGGCUAUCGAGCAAUCCGAAAAGGCGUCUACCAGUGAAUGAGCUCGCCUUGUUGCGGACCACAACACUUGAUGGACUGCCCACGCCGGUUGAUGCCGCUGUCAACUUUACUACCCCCAUCGCUGUAAUCGAUCCUAUCGAAGAGAGUCAAAUGCGUUCCGCAGGUAGAUUGAGUGAUGAAACUUCUCGCAGCUUGAUCGUCACUGAACGCCGACCAUCACCUCGUAUAGUUCACUUGUCGAACAUCGUCCGCUCACCAAAUGCCAUGAUCUCAAAAAGUCCCGCAAAGCUCUUUAAGGGUUCCUCACCACAAUCCAAUGGCAAACCACGAUAUGAUUCAGGCUACCGAAAUGCUCAUGACGGGUUUGUCGGUUCUGAACUCCGGCUCAGUUCCACAAAAAGAUCAAGCCGCCGAGGAAGAGCAAUUCCGACCAAGCGAAACAAGCCUAGCAUCAUGCGCGAGUUAGCUCUAGAAGCUAGGCCCUUGUCUGUAUCCCCAGACUAUCCCGUGGCUAUCUCUAGUGUUUUGAAGGUGGAAAGGACAACAAACCGCGAUGCUCCGCAUCCUCCGUCCAAGUCUGGAGAUAUUCAGCCCAAUCCAGGGGUUGGACGAUUGGUUUUGACGAGGACACGGAGCGCUCUGGAGCCUGAUGUAGUAGUCGAGCGAAUCCCGAACCGAGCGAUAUUGUGA